CGCAACCGGGCCAGCCGGCGUUCGGCAACAACCGGCAACGCGCAACUCACUCCAACAGACGACGACGCAUCCAUCGCAUACUCAACACUCCACAACUCACAACACACCUCCGCUCGCCAUGCCCGCCCCAGUGAUCAGAAGCAAGCAGAAACAGCUUGUGCGGCACCUCGUCGUCCUCGUCGCGCUCUUCGGGCUGGUCACGACGGCGCUCUACCUCCCCGCCCUCCGCAGUGGGGGCGACGUGCCCCGCAUCCUCCUCCCCGCGGUGCUGUGUGCGUGCUUCACGCCCGCGGCGGGGAAGAUCGUGUACGAGGAUUACUGGCCCCGGCUGCAGCAGAUGCGCGGAGGGGGAGGGGGAAGUGGGGACGAGGAGGACGAGGUGCCGCUUGUUGCCGAGUUGCCGAUGCACGCUGCCGAAGUGUAG